AUGGCACCUAAUGGCAAGCCAAUGUUGUCAUUUGAGCCGCUACACCCGACCUUUGGUGCCGAAUGCGUUGGAGUCGACUUCUCAAAACCAUUGACGGAGGAGACCAUUGUUGAAAUCCGUACUGGUAUGGCAAAAUACGGUGUGCUCGUCUUCCGCGCCACGGAUUUAGAUGAUGCCAGGCAUGAAGCAUUUGCGCGAAAUUUCGGCGAGCCAGAUACUUCUGCUGUCAAUCCGACCGCUGCCAAAAAGCAUCGGCUGGCGCCACAUAUGGAGCUCACUGACGCGGGCAAUCUAGACAGGGAGGGCAAUUUGGUCUCCAGAGACAGCCUAAGAUACCAGAUCACCCUUGGUAACGGCCAAUUCCAUGUUGACUGCUCCUACAAUGCUCGUCGUGCCGGCUACUCUAUCCUCCGUGCCCAUGAACUCCCCCCUCCGGGUACAUGUGGUGGAACGGCAUUUGCAGACACAAGAACGGCGUAUCAUGAUCUUGACAGCGGCAUACAGCAAGAUAUCAAAGAUGUUAUUUUGUGGCACUCUAUACUUCACAGCAGACAAGCAGCUGCGCCAAAUUGCGAGAUUAUCAAUAUGUUGGAUGCGGCGGAUCUGCCAAUGAGUCGCCACAAGCUGGUACAGCUGCAUGAACCGAGCGGUCGCAUGAACCUGUAUAUAGCGUCGCAUGCCUAUAGCAUUCAAGGAAAAAGUAAAGCAGAGAGCCAGCCUCUCAUCCAGCGGCUCCUGGCACAUGCGAGUCAGGAGAAGUACGUGUUUCGAGUCGAUUGGCAGAAUAACGGCGAUGUCGUUAUGUGGGACAAUACUUGUGUCAUGCACAAGGCAUGUGGUGGCCCGUUUCAGGGUCAAUAUGUUCGGGAUAUGCGAAGGGCAACCAUCUACGACUCGUCCUCUACCGCUUAUGGCUUGAACACUUUCUGGAGCCGAGCCUUGGAGAGCAUGCGUGUGAUAGUUACUGCAAUAGUCUUCGGAAAAGUGAGAUUGGUCAAGGUCUUUUGGCAAUUAUGGGGAACAGAGUUGUAA